AUGUCCGCCAAACUUUGCUCUAGCUGCCAUGAGCCUCUACUCAUCGAAGUCGAGCCCGACAGCGAUGUUGAGGACAGCAAAGAGGCUGCCCAAAUACAGAGCGUCCCUGACGACGUGGAACUGUCCUGUGGAUGCCAUUAUCAUUGGGAAUGUUUUCUAGAAUCCUACACCAUCACACAAUGCCCGAACUGCGCCAAAGACGUCUCCUCUCUUUCUCCUAGUGGAUCGCAACAGGUAUUGGUCACUCUGCGGAAUGAAGGUGGUGUUCAAGGGCGUUACGACAUCCUCCCCGCAGCCACGGAAGAAGCAUAUCUGCGCGCAUAUCCCGAAGAGCGGAAAGGCCAUGCCUACCUGGAAUUCUGCCGCGAGGGCGACAUCGAUGCCAUCAUUCACAUGAUCAAGGACGAAGACGAGGACGAAGACGAAGACGACGGGGAGGCUGCUGAUAUACUGCGAUACCAUGGCACAUUCGAGGGAAUUGAAGGCUCGGGGUUACACGUCGCUAUUCGGUAUAACCAGCAAGAAGUGGCUUGGUUAUUGUUGGCUCUCGGAUCUCAACUCGACUGGGCCAAGUUUCCAUCACUGGUUCUUCAAGCUAUGCAAGGUUUUGGAUUGCGCAAAGAGGACAGGAACGGUGAGCCAGAUAUCAGAACUCUGGUUGACAGUGAUGGGCGAACACCCGCUGCAUUGGCACAAGAGAUCGGAGGCUUGUGGACAGAAUGGCUUAAUGAAGGCCGACUGAUUCCCUGA